GUUGAUUGCGAAGAUGGUCAUCCAGCGCUUUACAUUCUUUCAAAUCCCAGAGCCUAAGGACGUCCAACUCAUGAUUGAGAAAUAUUCAGGCCUCCAAAAAGCCGCUGUGCGGAACGGCAAACCCUAUAUCACCACCUGCGAAGCCGAUCCCACCCUCCCCGAUCAACGCUCCAAGGGCUACACGCUCGCCGUCCGCACCACAUUCGACACCCUCGACGACAUGAAAUACUACGACGACGAGUGUCUGGCACACAAAGACCUGAAGGCAUUUGCAAUGCCGAAGAAAACGGGCGAUGUCCUGAUUUUCUACUUCGAGAAAUGAUGGGAGU